CUUAGUGAUUGAUGGGAGCUCGGUCCAAUGCGGCUGGAGAGAGCUGUGGAGCCGGGAGGGGGAGGGCAGUUCCGUCCGCUUCCUCGCUAUGCAGGUGCUAGUGUGUGAGAGUUUGGGGUGAAACUCAGCUGCUCCGGGAGUGUUGUUGGCGGAGGCGCGCUGAUCCGUAAUGCUGGCUGACUUGUAACCUCAGAGGCACGGCACAGAGACUACCGGCCGGCCAGAGGGUCGGCCUCUGCCUCUCGCUCCUGGGAGCUCGAGUUAUCUGUGCUGCAGAGUUGUGUCGGACUCCCGGUAUGUUGGGACGGCUUUAACGUGCUGCUGGUCGGGGCUCCGGGCUGUGAGCUGUUGGCUGCUCAUUAUUUGGUGGGACCACGGCACGGCAUGGGUUAAAUAUUCCCUGGAUCCAGGAGGCGGGAGAGGCAGAGCGGUGAGUCCCGGUCCAACCUUCUCUGCCUGGGAAAUAAUAGUUCACGGAAGGUGCGGAGCUUCAACCUGCAGUUGACCCGAAAUUGAUCACUUUCACUUUUGCUGGGCUGCGAAGAUCGGGGGAAGGAUUUUGAAUGUGGUUGGCCGUCUCGGUGACCUAUAGUCAACACAAUGUAACCAAGGGAGUGCGAGGACGCACACGCUGAUUGUCCAAACAUGGGGAGAGAACAGGAGCUGGUGCAGGCUGCGAAGAACGGCGACAUGCCGUCUGCACAGAAGUUGUUGGCGAAGAUCAAGGCUUCGAAAAACAAGCUCCUGGGCUCCACAAAGAGGCUGAAUGUGAACUACCAAGAUUCAGAUGGGUUCUCAGCAUUGCACCAUGCCGCACUUAGUGGGAGUACGGAACUCAUCUCACUGCUGCUGGAAGCUCAGGCAAUGGUGGACAUCAAGGACAGCAAUGGAAUGCGACCUUUGCACUACGCCGCGUGGCAGGGGAAAGUGGAACCUGUGCGUCUGCUUCUUCGUGCAGGGGGUGCGGUUAACCUGGCCUCUCAAGAUGGACAGAUCCCAUUGCACCUUGCAGCCCAGUAUGGACACUAUGAUGUGUCUGAGAUGCUUCUACAGCACCAGUCCAACCCCUGCAUCAUAAACAAGGUCAAGAAGACACCACUGGACCUUGCCUGUGAGUUUGGCAGACUGAAGGUUGCCCAGCUCCUGUUGAACAGUAACAUGUGUGUCGCCUUGCUGGAGGGUCAGUCCAAAGACAGUGCUGAUGCCAACUUCACCACUCCUCUGCAUCUGGCUGCAAAGAAUGGACACAAGGACAUUAUCAAGUUGUUAAUCAAGGCUGGCAUUGACACAAAUAGAGUGGCGAAGACGGGGACAGCGCUGCACGAAGCUGCUUUGUGUGGCAAGACUGAAGUGGUCCGAUUGCUACUUGACGCGGGCAUUGACGUCAACAUCAGGAACACCUACAGCCAGACGGCCCUGGACAUCGUCAACCAGUUCACCACCUCACAGGCAAGCAAGGAGAUCAAGCACCUCCUGAGAGAGGCCUCGGGAGUUCUUCAGGUCCGAGCCCUGAAGGAUUGUUGGAAUGUUCACGACCUCACCUCGCUCAACAUCAGGGCCGGGGACGUCAUCACGGUUCUGGAGCAGCAUGCUGACGGGCGCUGGAAGGGCCACAUACAUGACAGCCAGAAGGGGACGGACCGUGUGGGCUACUUCCCCCCGUCCAUUGUUGAGGUGAUCAACAGGCGAUCAGGCACAUUGACUCGCCACGCCUCAGUACCGCCUCAUCUACGCCAGGCGUUCCCAAAGGCACAGCAGAACAGCUCGGUCAACUUACCGACAGAUGAGAAACAGCCAUUCUAUCAGCAGAUGUACUCGCAGACCCUGCCUGCCCACCGCACCUUCAACUACCUGGGCUUCAGCCGAACCAACCAUAACAAAGAGAGCACGAAGGCAACUGAAGGUGACCGGAGCAGCGUGGGCAGUGCAGGGAGUGUAGGCAGCAUUCGCAGUGCUGGCAGCGGGCAGAGCACCGAGAGUGGCAAUGGGCAGACUGCCAGCAAUGGCCUGGACAACGGCAAGACAGUGCCCCCUGGUGGAGACCAGGCACAUCAAGAGGUCUGCGUCAGUACGGAAACUCCCAGCCAACAGGUCGACCAGUCAACGGGAAUGCAAAGACAUCAUGACUUCCCCAGCUACAAGUCCGGAGAACAGGGAUACACACAACAGUUCAUUCACCCCGACCAUCUCCUGGAGGGAAAGGAUGCUGAAGCUAUCUUCAACUGGCUGAGUGAAUUCCAGCUACAGCACUACACAGUCAACUUCAUCAACGCUGGUUACGACGUGCCAACCAUCAGCCGCAUGACGCCAGAGGACCUGACAGCAAUUGGAGUGACAAAACCUGGCCACAGAAAGAAGAUUUCGACAGAGAUCGGCAAGCUGAGUAUUCCGGAGUGGCUCCCUGACUACAAACCAGUGGAUUUGUUUGAAUGGCUGAGUGCCAUUGGCUUGUCUCAGUACCACAAGAAGCUAGUGGAUAAUGGCUAUGACAGCAUUACCUUUGUCGGUGAGAUCACCUGGGAGGAUCUGCAGGAAAUUGGGAUCACGCAGCUGGGGCACCAGAAGAAGAUGAUGAUCGCAGUGAAGAAGCUGCUGGAUGUGCAGAAGGCGUUAAACCAAGCCGAGGUGGAGGCGAAGACAGCAACCCUGCGGCGCAAGGCUCCCGGUGCGCUGGAGAUUGUCACCAUUGAGCCAUCUCAGGUUGAGAAUGGGGAGUGCCACUCUCCACACACCCCCAGGAUGCUCACCUUUCAAGACAGCGAGCUCAGCUACGAGCUGCAGUCCGCCAUGGCCAACCCGUGCUACAGUGGCCAGGACAGCCUGGCCAUGAAGCAGGUGGGAGGUAUCUCCCGGAGUCAAGAGAGCAUCGGUACUCGUUCCCGAGGAUCUGGCCACUCCCAGGAGAAUGCGCUCGGAGGCACCGGGAUGGGCAGCAAGUCCCAGGAGAGCCUGGUCAGUGGUGACGGGAGUAGCAGCAGUGGUGGGAGCAGUGGGAGGUCCACCUUCCCCCCUCACUCCAAGGACGAAGUGCCUGCCCGAGUCCAGGACAACGGCAGGGUGCUGAGGAGCACCCUGAGCCAGGAGAGAAAUGGGCCGGAGGGACGAGACCAUUACCAGGGGCCCUCCCCACAGAAAGGUGGGCCUGCCACUGACCCACAGCACCCACAGGUGCCCUUGCCUAGCUUCAUCCCACCCCAUACCCCGAAUAAGGGGAAGGCAACCCAAUCCCUGGCCAACACACAGCUCCCCACCAGGGGAAAACCUACUGCUUUUUCCUCAGCCCUGGGACGCCUCGAGGCCCUGGCUCACAGUGGCCUGCAAAUGCCUUCCCAGGUUGCCAAACACCCGGCCCCGGCCUCCUAUCUGCAUCCCCACAGUGGGGAUACAACGGAGCAGGGCUCACUGCCUAAUCCUCCAGCCCCACAUUGCCCGGGCAUCGAGCACAGCUACGGCGAUGGCUUCAGGCUGAAGAAGCGGUCUCACAGCCUGAACAGGCACGCCCUCUCGGACGGAGAGCCAGAGGAGGACGAGGUGGUGUAUGCCGUCAGCUCCUACGCCACCCUCACCCGUCGCCCAGGCCGCAGCCAGGUAACCAAGGCCCAGUGGCCGGCAGAGCAGCACGUCAACCGCAGCCAGUCAUUCGCCCUCCGUGGCAAGAAAAAGGGGCCACCACCCCCUCCACCUAAGCGCCUCAGCUCAGUGUCCACCACCCAGGGUCAGGAGGAGCCGGAGCCCGAGAGGGAUUCCCACCCGGUCUCCACCCCCUGCAGCACCACCCCUGAUCUGGUGGAUGGACUACCUGUUUGGCAGGAACCUGCAAGCAAAGUUGCCGUCAGUGUGAGGAGCAUGGCUGCUCUCAUGGAGCUGAGUGGCGGAGCCCUGGGUCAGGUCAGACCUGUCAGAGCAGAACAGCAGGAGGUUCCCGGCAUGAGGAAAGAGAGCCGGCAGGCUGUUGCGUGGGUCUCCGAACGCCAGCAGGAUACCUCAGUCCCAGCUGGGGCCACCCGCGGGCCACUUGAGAAGUCGAGAGAGUGGGCCAACCGGCGGCGGACUGUCAGCGAGCCGCUGGCCGGCAUGAAGACGGGGGGGCAGAUGGAAGGGGAAGAGGUGAAGUCAGACACGGAAGAUGAGGCCAGUGCCAGGAGGGGACCCCUAGAGGCCUCCUCCGACUCCCAGAACAGCUCCAGCGAGUGCAUCCCAUUUGCCGAAGAGGGAAACCUGACCAUAAAGCAGCGGCCAAAGCCGAGCUCCGCCAACCAAGCCAAUGCUGCCAUAGAGCUGGUGUCUGGCACUGAGGAGCCGCCGGGGAGCGGGGUAACUAUGGCAGCCAGCACUUCUGCCAAACCACCGGAGGUCCCUGAGUUCAACCUGACAGAGUCUGAUACAGUCAAGCGGAGGCCAAAGGCCAAGGAAAAGGAGGGGCCGAAUGGAGCCACAGAGCAGCAGCCACCACCGCCAAAACAUGGACCCCGAUACGCAGAGGCGCAGGCCGUGCACAUCGUGGACUCGGGGCUGCACCUCAAGAGCGAUGUAGACGAUGAUGCCCGCGUGGAGUUUAGGAUUGCUGAGAUUGAGAGGAGCAUCCAGUCCUUGGAGAAGGGAACCAAGCACAGACCCCAGCUCUCUCCAAAACCAGCCCUCCCCUCGCUGCAGCAAACACCCAUACAGAGGGUGUCAACGGCUGGUUCCAGCAAGACCUCCCAGAACAGGAGGCCAGCCACAGAAACCUGCCAAAGGCAGCCUCCUCUAUCUAGUCUGAACAUCUCCCCAAAGCCUGCCCUAGCACAGGGCCUACACUUCAGCAGCCCCAAAGCCAGCAGGUCUCCACAGGCUGGCAAUCCUGGUCCUGCAGUGUCAAGGCCCCCUUGCCUGCCCCAGCAGCUGGGCACAGGGUGCACCUCUGUGCCCAUAGCCCCUGCUGCUGGAGUGAGUGGGCGGGUGACGGGGCUUGUGGUGGGACCGGCUGCCGAGGUCCCACAGACUGCACUCGCUCACCAGCGACUGGAGCAGACCAGCAGUUGUCUAGAGGCAGCUCUCCAUGCUGUGGAACGCAAGCUGACCCAGGAAGAUCACGGAAAAGCAAUCUCCAAUUCCACAAAGUCUGCAGGCAACAUUCUGGAUGACAUCGGCAGCAUGUUUGACGACCUCGCUGAUCAGUUGGAUGCCAUGUUGGACUGACCAUGCAGAGAGUUACCAAAGGCCAAUCCUUUUCCUUAUGCCAAGCCAGGGGAUCAUCCCCCAGCCAAGAGCUCCGUGCUGCCAAGGGCUGGGUGAGCCCAGGGAGUACUGAUAGGAAGCCCAUGUCUGAUGUGGGAAUGGACACUGAACUGAUAGACUUGUGCUCCAUUUGAUUCCCAAGAGUUUGUCGAAAAUGAACCUCUUCAAAGGCUGGCUUCAGGGAGAAUUCCCUGCAACUGAUUCCUUUGCGAGAUGCACACAGAUUUUCGUCAAUUACUACAGGAACUAACCACAGGCAUUAAGAGAUGCUGCAUUUUAUUCUUUUUAAGAAAAAUUAUGUAUAGAUUUUUUCCCAUACUGUUGGCUUCAACUGAGUUUGCAAUGAGCACUUAAAUGAGUUAAAAGCACAAUAUGUCGACCCAGCUCAGCUGACGGAAGAGAAGGUUCUAGAUCAGUUGUACUGGGCAAAACUGUCUACUACUGGUGCUGCUGAAGACCCAGGAUUGCACUCAUUUUAGACACGGCUGCCUGUUAGAAACAGUUAAUCUUCAGUUAGAGUGCCAAGCUCCCAAGAUGAGUGGUAGUCCAUUUACAAGACAGCACUUUCCUUUAGAGAGGACACUACCCCAUCCCCAAAAUUCUAAUGUUAAAAACCCAAGAACUGCUUCACAUUUUUGCUUUGUUCAGAGAAGGGGUAACACUGCAGGGAUUCUGAGCAAUUCACCUGAAAGCUGGUGCCAAAUGUGUGUGUCAACUUGAUUUCUUGUGCAGUGCCUUCACGUUUUCCUUCACUACAAUAAUGGCGCUAUAUAAAUGCAAGUUGCUGUGGUUCCCACAGGCAGUAGAAAUAACUGUGUUUGGGCAGAGUUCUGCCACAGGAUCCCGAGCAGUUACAAGUACAGAGUAGCUGUCAGUUUCUGAUAGGUGAUGAACUCUGCCCGUUAGUGUUUGUGCAGGCAUUUGGCUUUCUAGAAGUCUCAGUAGACAAAGGUCCAGGAUGCAUACUCUACCCCAUCCUCCAACAUUCCAGUUUGACAAGGUCCCACUGUGACCAAUACCAAUACACCAGUGCUCUGGGGGUCUGGUCUUGCUGCUACUGAACAAUUAAUCAGCAGUUUUCAGACACCAGACCUCUGGAGGAAACAAAGAACAACACAGGUCUGCGAAUCAGUGAGGGAUUCUGUUGUGUCUUGUGGUGUCUCAAGUUGCUGGUGAAACAGCCAUGUGAUUGGCCAGAUACCAGCUGAUCCAUGUAGCUCUGACCCUGUUGCUACUCAUCAGCUUAUCAACCCUUCUCCUGUCCUAUUAGAUUGAUUGCAACUGGAAGUCCCCGGAGAAGAAACAUUUCUUACAAGUACUUAAUUUACAUUUCAUUAUUUCAAAAGCAGCCCAGAAUAUAAUUUGCAUAUGGACAGUCUGGACCUUGCAGUGUGCAGCAAAACAAAAUAUUUUUUUAAAAUGUGAAGAUGGGUCAGAAAGGAAGAUACUUAAACCAAGGUCAGUAUUUCACUAACAGGUUCCAGUUACAGAAUCUCACUUACUACUGCUGCUCUUUUUACAGCUGUUUGUGUGCCUUUUCUGCAGAGCAGGUGUACGUGGGAAAAUGUGUGUAUACAGUAUAUACAUUACUCUUCAAACUGUUAACACAAUGACUGUGGGUAGCUUUGCCAGAGUCAACAUGUAAAGCCAGUCAGUACACAUUUAGUGUAUACAGUUUACUAAUGGCCAAUUGUAAUUGAUUCCAGUGCCUGGGUUUUUGAAGGUAUCCAAGGCAGGAACUGACCUUUCCACAAUGGGUUUAACUUAACCCGCCCUGUUUGUAACAGGAAUGAAGAACUGAUCAUCAGUUCCACUGGUCCCUUACUUUCUUAAAGGUGGCCAUUUGGCCCAUUGUUUCCACACUGGUUCCCACGAGAAUGACACCAUCAUAGGAAAAUAAGAGGAGAAGUAGGCCAUUCGAACCUUAAGCCUGUCAGUAUGACCAUGGCUAAUCUUCCCCUUACCUUCUCUAAUCUGUGCCAGUUCCCCAGUCCUUAGUUUUAAAGAAUAAUUUUACCCAUUUCCUCUUUAAGUUCAUUUGAUGACCAAGUCUCCAGGGAAGGAAACUCUAGAGAUUCAUUGCCCUUUACAAGCUGUUCUCAUGCACCUUAAUGAUGGCUCCCUAAUCUUCUUGUUGCAGAGUCUCUCAUCGGUCCAAUUCCCCCACUUAUUUCCUCCUACUCCCAUAUUGUAUGUCCACCAACUCUCCUGUUCUUUUGCAACUUAAACUGCAGUAAGAGGCAAUUUACACAGCAUUUUUUUGGGAUGUGAAGGAGACCAGGGGAGCUGGUGGACACUCACCAGUUGAACACAGAUUUGCAGUAGCAGAUCUAACUGUGAUGCUGUCCUCUCCAUGCAUUCUCUGUGUGAUAGUGAGCGACUCACUGAUAGGUUUGGGGUGCAUCUCUUCCUAUAUUUCCUUACCAAAUGUUGGGAGGAAAGGAAGUAUCUUCACAAGUUGGUAUUGCUGCACAUCUGACUCCGGAACAGCUCCCAGUACAUACAGGGCAUUCGGAUUGGGUAUUCCAAACCCUAGGCUUUGAAGGUAUCAUCAUCUGUCCCGUGGAUGUCAAUGCCAAAUAAUAAAUGGUUUAGCUAGAAUAUGAAAGGGAAGCCAUUUCCACUGACAACCCCAGGUUACACACAGAAAAAUGAGCAGUGUUGUUCAACUUACCUGUACGGCUCAUACUGAAAGUGGUAAGGACCAUCAGACUGAUUUUCAGUGCAAGUGUUACAAUGUGUCACUCCUGGAUUGCCACGUCUCAUAGCUUGGUCCUUUCAAUCCAAGCCCCUGCAGAGGAAAGGUGAUCCGGUGGCUUAGGACAAACUGCUUGCCUCACUGGUUACGUUUGUGAUUGUAAUAUGUGUGCUUUACCUGGAAGCUUUCCAAGGCAAACUGUUGCUACGAAUGCCAAAGACAUUCCUGUAACACUAGCAGUUUAUGGCAUUAGUGGUGUGCUUCACUUGUGUUUAAGAGGAUUGCUCUGCCUAUGAUGGAAUCCAGUGGCAAAGUUACUAGGCAUGAGAGGCAAAUGGAAAGUGAUUGGUAUAAGUGGGUACCUGAUGGUUAACGUAGACUUGACAAGGUCCCGUUUUGGUUCUGUCGGCUGCUUGGGGAUCUUAAGGGUCAAUGAGACAUAUGACCUCUUCUUUUAUAACUGCAGACAUUGUUACAGUUGGAUUCAGAUGUGCACCCCAGAAAACCCUUUGUUACACCACAUACAAGAUUUCUGUAGCUAUCAGUGUGAUGUUUACCAGACACGAGAUGGGAGGGGCCCAGUGUCUGCUUUCUCAACAACUACUGAAUGAAGUCAGCGACUGCUGAAUGGAAUGAAUCCUCUUCAACCAGCUGCACACACAUAUCAUGCCCACAUGACAGACACUCAGGAAUUAGAUAAUUAGUAUUUACUAGAUUCAAACUAAAUGAAUAGUGUGGACUCUAAUAGACAAAAUGUAGGCUGAUCUUAUUACAAAAAAACACUUUGUAAAAUUGUUAUUUAUAAAGCAGCUUUUGUGACCCUGGUUAUUGUAAUGCAGGACAAUAUUCCACAUAUGGGAAGGAGAUUAUCCCAGAUACAUGAGAGAGUGCGGUCUGAUCAGUCUGGUGCUCUGACUUGUCCCUCGUGAAACGUGCCAGUUAAAUUCAAACCACCAGCGCAGCGGAUGAACAGUCGCAGACCUUUGAGGGCACAGUAUCCACCAUUCACUGACACUCGUGUUCUGAUAGGUUCCUGCAUUUAAAACACAGCAGAUUCCAUUAGCAUCGUCAUGGAGGUAGACUGUAUGCCUACACUGAGUGCCAGGUCACCAUGGACUUCACAGCUUGAUCCAAGCAUUAUUCUGCCUGCUGGUUUUAUUAUGUAAAUAGCUGUUCCUAUCUUUCAAAAUAAUAUAUAUUUUUGAAAUCAUUUUCUUCUCCUAUAAAUGUACCAAAUGUUCUAGGCAGAGCCACAGCAGAGAAUGAUUAAGUUGGAAGAGAUGUUACACUGGAUUUACUAAAAUUUCUUAUCUGUUGUGAGGUUAAUUAUUGUACAGAUUAUGGAAGCAGUCAGAGACAGCCAAGGAGGAAAGGCACAAUAUAACAAUUAAGAAACUGUUGAGUUAAGCUUGAUCAAUGUAAAUUACAACUUACUUGUAUUAUUAUUGCAAAUGUGUAUAAUGUGUAUCUGAAAUUUCUAACGUGUGAUUAAGAACUUCCAAUUUUUACCUGCUUGGCUUCAACGUGUUUGUGUGUA